AUGGCAAAGUGCAUCCGCCUCGGGAUUCUUGUCCCAUCUUCUAACACUGCCCUUGAACCCUUGGCCCAGUCGAUCAUUUCGGAUCUUCCUCACGUCAGUGUCCAUUUUUCUCGCUUCACUAUGACGAGAAUCAACCUUGGCCACGGAUCUCUCAGUCAAUUCCAAACAGAUAUCAUUGUCAAUGCUGCAAAGCUUCUUGCUGACGCCAAAGUUGAUAUUAUCGGCUGGGGCGGCAACUCCUCAGGCUGGCUGGGAUUCCAGGCGGAUGAAGACCUUUGCUCCAAGAUCCAAACUGUUACAGGCAUUCCCGCAACAACAUCGGUGCUUGCGUUGAACAAAGCUCUCCAAAUCUUCGGCAUUCGGAACUUGGGUCUCGUCUCACCAUAUCUGCACGAUGUGCAAGAAUCAAUCAUACGCAAUUAUGCUUCUAUUGGUGUUGAUAUAAGCUGCGAGAGUCACCUUGGACUUUCGGAUAACUUGGCCAUUGGUAUGAUUGACGCCGCCACUCUGGAGAACAGUGUGUCGACAGUAGUCAAUGGAGGGGUAGAGGCUGUGACAACAUUUUGCACAAACUUCCAGGCCGCUCAGCGAGUGGCACAGUGGGAAAGAAAAUAUAAGGUCGCAAUAUUUGACACAGUCAGCACUGUCAUUUGGGAUAUGUUGCAGUCUUGUGGGGUGGAUACAAGGGAGCUGGCCAGCAAAUGGGGGCAGCUUUUUGAGGGCACAUGUUGCUAG